ACGGCAUUUUAUGUGUCUGUAUGUUGCUAGACGCAAUGCUUGUGAUUGUAUUUAAACUGAUUUAAACAUAAUUUGCAGCCGGCCAAAGACCAAUAGCCAUUAGAAAACCAAGUCCAUGUUUAUUGCAAUGACUUGGUCUCCAUUUAUAAAACAAUUCCUUGACGAUGAAAAUGUAUUCGCCUGUUCGCGUGUGCUUUUAUCAUUACUUAGUCUUUGAUAGUCCUAUGACUUUUUCCUAUGCGAUCUUGGCCGAUGAAUGCAUUCGAACUUUCAACAGUAUAAAAAAUGGCCAUUGCAAACAACGUUUGUAUAAGAAUAAGCGAUUGCUUUGUCUGAUAACUGUGGCCAGAUCUUCAUGUCGAACUUAUCAAGGUUAAAUCUAGUUCAGUGGAUUGUAUUUAUAUCGUGCUUUAUUCGUAUUUCGCAGUUCAAAGCAGAUGGAUGCUCUGACAAGUGUGGAGAGAUGGGCAUUCCCUAUCCCUUUUCAAUUGCAGGAAAUGGAAACAGCUGUGGCCUGCCUGGCUUUGAAAUCAACUGCACACACAAUCAGAAGUUUGGAAGUACACAGCCUAUUCCCUUUCUGUCCAUUCCUUUCGGGGAAGUGCAAAUCUUGAAUUUCUCUCAAGAUCAUCUCCUCAUUAACGCAACCCAAUUCGUAGCUUCCACUUCCAAAUGCCAGCUAAGUCAGCCAAAUAUCACAAGUAUCACCAUCUCUAGCGAAGGGCCAUUCCGACUUUCUACGCAGAACAAGUUUGUUGCAGUUGGGUGUGGAACGUUGGGUAUGGUUGGUAUGGUUGAGGGCGAUAAUUACACUACUUUGGGUGGAUGCGUAUCGGUCUGUCCUGAUUCUCCCACAUUUUCAAAUUGCAACGGGGAUGGCUGCUGUCAAACUUCCAUGCCUUCAAAUUACACGGACUAUCUCGUCACCGUAUCAAAUCUCUCAUUAGAAGGAGAUACUUACGAGACAGAAUGUAAUUAUGCGGGUAUACUUGAUGAAAAUAGUUGGGAUUUGAUUUCUAAAUCAGAUACUCUUAACCUAAAUUAUGCCUACAUAAGCCUCAAUUGGAGUAUUCCAAAUGACACGUGCGCCUCAGCUAAAGCAAAGGAUUCAUACCAAUGUGUUCAGGAGGCAGAGUGCAAUGAACUAGAAUGGGGUUAUCGAUGCAAUUGUAAGCCUGGUUUCCGUGGAGACGGGUACUUUAAUGGCACCGGCUGCAAAGAUAUCGAUGAAUGUUCAGAUCCUGGUUUGAAUAACUGUUACCCUUCGUCAGAAGGAGGUAGAUGUGAAAAUACAAAGGGCUCGUACAAGUGCUUCUGCGCCAAAGGCCACGGGGAUGGCACCAAAAAUGGCACCCGUUGUUCUACGCAAAGGUUUCAAAGUUUACCUGUCAUCAUAGGAGUAUGUGUGACUCUAGUGGCCGUGCUUAUCAGCGGUAGUACGGUUUUCUUGAUUUUGAAGCGCAGAAGAGCAAGGAUUGUCAAGCAGAACAACUUUCUUCGAAAUGGAGGGACUCAUUUGCAGAAACUAGUUUCAUCGCAGGCAAAUGGGAUGAAGAUCUUUUCCUUGGAUGAGGUUGAGAAAGCAACUGAAAGUUUUUCUCCGAGUUUAAUCUUGGGAGCAGGUGGCUACGGCACGGUGUACAAAGGUACUCUUUCUGAUGGGAUUCUUGUGGCUAUCAAGAAGGCCAAUUCCAAAGAAAUUGAUUCCAAAGAAAUCGAUGAAUUUAUCAAUGAAAUUGUUAUUCUAAAUCAGAUAAAUCACAGAAACGUGGUGAAGUUACUAGGCUGUUGCCUGGAGACUCCAGUCCCCUUGUUAGUUUAUGAAUAUAUUUCUAAUGGUACUUUGUUUGAUCAUUUAUAUGGUAACAAAUCUGAGAAGCGUUUUCACUGGGAAAACCGUUUGCGCAUUGCUACAGAAACUGCAGAAGCACUGUCAUAUUUACACUCUGCUGCAUCAAUACCCAUUGUGCACAGAGAUGUGAAAUCUUCCAACAUUUUGUUGGAUGAUGUGUAUACCCCCAAAGUUGCAGACUUUGGGUUGUCUCGUCUGAUGCCAACAGACCAAACACACAUCACUACACUUGUCCAAGGCACAAUGGGUUAUUUGGACCCUGAAUAUGUUCAACUUACAGAGAAGAGUGAUGUCUACAGCUUUGGGGUUGUGUUAGUGGAGCUUUUGACUGGACUAAAGCCUAUUUCCUUUGAAAGAACAAAGAACCAGAGCAACUUAGCCAUUUAUUUCCUCAAUACAAUGAAAACAAACAAUCUGACUGAAAUUUUGGAUUCUCGGCUCACAAAAGAGGAGGCAGAGAAUAUGGAAUCGAUGGAGAAACUGGCAAGUUUAGCGAAAGAUUGUCUGAGAGUGGAGGGGGAGAAGAGGCCAACAAUGAAAGAGGUAGUUCAGGAGCUGCUUUGGAUCAGAGGGGGUGCAAGACCGCACGCGUGGUUGAAGUCUGAUGCAACACAAAAUGAAGAAGAAUUUGUCUCUCUUCUAUUAAAUGGGGAAGUGAACGAGGAGCACACAAUUGAAAUGACGGACUUAUACCCACACAGUGAGCCUCUAUCAUUUGAUGUUCAAAGCUUCCGAGAUAAGUUUAAUGCCGGCAGAUGAAUAUCUGAGUUUGAAACGGAGAUCCUUAAUGAUCAAUUUGGCUGACGGGUCAUUGUAUGUUAACUUUCAUGGUAUGUGUAGCACAAUUUGGUCUGAUAAAAUUCUAUAUUUUUGUAAUUCAAACAGACAAAAAUUAUGAACUAUAAAAAUGCAUCAACACCAUUGUU